AUGUCGCCCUCUCAAAAUGCUUCCGCCGAGGCCGACCCCUCCCGCCCCAGUCUGGAGGAAGCUAUCAUCAACCCAGGCGCUGUGAAGAUCAAUGUACAAGGCGCUUAUAUUGUGGAUGAUCAACCUGAGACACCAGACAGCCCGGCAGAUGAAGAUGGCAUCGUAUAUGAGCGCAAGGAUAUUCGACUACCGCAUCAUACAAGUGUGGUCAGUCAUGUGGCAGUGGAUAUUGGAGGAUCUUUAGCUAAAUUAGUCUACUUCACCAGAGAACUUGGGUCGGAAAGCGAAGGAGGACGACUGAACUUUAUCAAAUUCGAGACAGAACGCAUAGACCGAUGCAUCGAGUUUAUAAAACAGCUCAAGGAGGAUCAUGAGAGACUCAAUGGCUCCACACUCGGAGAGCUCUAUAGUGAAACCGAGCCCAUGCAGUUCGUGGAAGCGCACGCAGGCGUCUAUCCCUAUCUACUUGUCAAUAUCGGUUCGGGAGUAUCCAUGAUAAAAGUAUCCGGACCGCAAGAAUUUCAACGUGUUGGAGGAACACAUCUGGGCGGCGGCACUUUCUGGGGCAUAAUGGCGCUUUUGACUGGUGCUACUACUUUUGAUGAUAUGCUAGCAAUGGCCGAUCGUGGCGACAACAGCGGUGUCGACAUGUUGGUCGGGGAUAUUUAUGGAAUGGAUUACACCAAAAUUGGACUCAAAAGUACCGCAAUUGCAAGUACGUUUGGGAAGGUCCUGAAAAUGAAACGGAUAGCUGAGCGCCAGGCUGAAGACGGCGCUGAUUUGGGAGAAGACCCCGAAAAUGCACAGCCAGUCGAAUUCAGGCAUGCAGAUAUGAGUCGAAGCCUUCUGUUUGCAAUUAGUAACAACAUUGGCCAAAUUGCCUACCUACAAUCAGAAAAACAUCAACUGAAACACAUUUAUUUUGGAGGUUCAUUCAUCCGGGGUCACCUCCAGACUAUGAACACACUUUCUUAUGCUAUAAAAUUCUGGUCGAAAGGCGAAAAACAAGCAUAUUUCCUGCGACACGAGGGCUAUCUCGGCGCAGUUGGCGCUUUCUUGAAGAGGCAGCCACAAAAUUGGGGACGCCGAAAUAGCAUUGAGGAUUCCGCAGCGUCUAAACAAUUCCGUGAAGAUCUUGCUCGGGAGAUUCGGCCAUCCCAGCAGUGA